ACACAGCGAGGGACUGUCCGGCAUGGGAGCAUGGGAUAAGGAUUGCACACGAGCACCGUUCAGACGGCACAGAGCACACGCACGCCAGGGAGGCGCAUGGCAGCUGCCCUGCGAGUGUGGCGCAAGGCAUGGCAGGAGGGGAAUCGGAGGGUGUAGGGCGGGCAGUGGCCGCCCUUCUGGCUGCACGGGAAGCUUCCGCGAAAGAGCCCGAAGGGCGGCGUGCAGGAGCUGACGCUGUGCCGCGUGUACAAGGAGCGCACGUGCUGUGGGCGCGAGAACAGCGACCACGCCCUCAUCUCCACCCGGUGAGUGGCGAGAAAAGAAGGUGGGGAGAGGAGGAAAUAGGAAAAGGGGGGAAGAGGAGGGGGGUGGGAGGGAAGGGGAAGAGGGAAAGGGGGGGAGAGGAGGGGGGUGGGAGGGAAGGGGAAGAGGGAAAGGGGGGGAGAGGAGGGGGGUGGGAGGGAAGGGGAAGAGGCAGUGGGGCGGAGUGGCGUGGGUGGUGCCGUGCGUGGAUAGCCCCCUGGGCUCGAGCGGGCAGCACAAGCACGUGGGUACGGAGGGCACGUGGGUACGGAGGGCACGUGGGUACGGAGGGCACGUGGGUAUGGAGGGCACGUGGGUAUGGAGGGCACGUGGGUAUGGAGGGCACGUGGGUAUGGAGGGCACGUGGGUACGGAGGGCACGUGGGUACGGAGGGCACGUGGGUACGGAGGGCACGUGGGUACGGAGGGCACGUGGGUACGGAGGGCACGUGGGUAUGGAGGGCACGUGGGUACGGAGGGCACGUGGGUACGGAGGGCACGUGGGUAUGGAGGGCACGUGGGUAUGGAGGGCACGUGGGUAUGGAGGGCACGUGGGUAUGGAGGGCACGUGGGUAUGGAGGGCACGUGGGUACGGAGGGCACGUGGGUAUGGAGGGCACGUGGGUAUGGAGGGCACGUGGGUACGGAGGGCACGUGGGUACGGAGGGCACGUGGGUACGGAGGGCACGUGGGUACGGAGGGCACGUGGGUACGGAGGGCACGUGGGUACGGAGGGCACGUGGGUAUGGAGGGCACGUGGGUACGGAGGGCACGUGGGUACGGAGGGCACGUGGGUACGGAGGGCACGUGGGUAUGGAGGGCACGUGGGUAUGGAGGGCACGUGGGUAUGGAGGGCACGUGGGUACGGAGGGCACGUGGGUACGGAGGGCACGUGGGUACGGAGGGCACGUGGGUAUGGAGGGCACGUGGGUAUGGAGGGCACGUGGGUAUGGAGGGCACGUGGGUACGGAGGGCACGUGGGUACGGAGGGCACGUGGGUAUGGAGGGCACGUGGGUAUGGAGGGCACGUGGGUAUGGAGGGCACGUGGGUAUGGAGGGCACGUGGGUAUGGAGGGCACGUGGGUAUGGAGGGCACGUGGGUAUGGAGGGCACGUGGGUAUGGAGGGCACGUGGGUAUGGAGGGCACGUGGGUAUGGAGGGCACGUGGGUACGGAGGGCACGUGGGUACGGAGGGCACGUGGGUAUGGAGGGCACGUGGGUAUGGAGGGCACGUGGGUAUGGAGGGCACGUGGGUAUGGAGGGCACGUGGGUAUGGAGGGCACGUGGGUAUGGAGGGCACGUGGGUACGGAGGGCACGUGGGUAUGGAGGGCACGUGGGUAUGGAGGGCACGUGGGUACGGAGGGCACGUGGGUACGGAGGGCACGUGGGUAUGGAGGGCACGUGGGUAUGGAGGGCACGUGGGUAUGGAGGGCACGUGGGUAUGGAGGGCACGUGGGUAUGGAGGGCACGUGGGUACGGAGGGCACGUGGGUACGGAGGGCACGUGGGUACGGAGGGCACGUGGGUAUGGAGGGCACGUGGGUACGGAGGGCACGUGGGUACGGAGGGCACGUGGGUAUGGAGGGCACGUGGGUAUGGAGGGCACGUGGGUAUGGAGGGCACGUGGGUAUGGAGGGCACGUGGGUAUGGAGGGCACGUGGGUACGGAGGGCACGUGGGUAUGGAGGGCACGUGGGUAUGGAGGGCACGUGGGUACGGAGGGCACGUGGGUACGGAGGGCACGUGGGUACGGAGGGCACGUGGGUACGGAGGGCACGUGGGUACGGAGGGCACGUGGGUACGGAGGGCACGUGGGUAUGGAGGGCACGUGGGUAUGGAGGGCACGUGGGUACGGAGGGCACGUGGGUAUGGAGGGCACGUGGGUAUGGAGGGCACGUGGGUAUGGAGGGCACGUGGGUACGGAGGGCACGUGGGUACGGAGGGCACGUGGGUAUGGAGGGCACGUGGGUAUGGAGGGCACGUGGGUAUGGAGGGCACGUGGGUACGGAGGGCACGUGGGUACGGAGGGCACGUGGGUACGGAGGGCACGUGGGUACGGAGGGCACGUGGGUAUGGAGGGCACGUGGGUACGGAGGGCACGUGGGUACGGAGGGCACGUGGGUACGGAGGGCACGUGGGUAUGGAGGGCACGUGGGUAUGGAGGGCACGUGGGUAUGGAGGGCACGUGGGUAUGGAGGGCACGUGGGUACGGAGGGCACGUGGGUACGGAGGGCACGUGGGUACGGAGGGCACGUGGGUAUGGAGGGCACGUGGGUACGGAGGGCACGUGGGUACGGAGGGCACGUGGGUAUGGAGGGCACGUGGGUAUGGAGGGCACGUGGGUAUGGAGGGCACGUGGGUAUGGAGGGCACGUGGGUAUGGAGGGCACGUGGGUAUGGAGGGCACGUGGGUACGGAGGGCACGUGGGUAUGGACGGCACGUGGGUAUGGAGGGCACGUGGGUACGGAGGGCACGUGGGUACGGAGGGCACGUGGGUAUGGAGGGCACGUGGGUAUGGAGGGCACGUGGGUAUGGAGGGCACGUGGGUAUGGAGGGCACGUGGGUAUGGAGGGCACGUGGGUAUGGAGGGCACGUGGGUACGGAGGGCACGUGGGUAUGGAGGGCACGUGGGUAUGGAGGGCACGUGGGUACGGAGGGCACGUGGGUACGGAGGGCACGUGGGUAUGGAGGGCACGUGGGUAUGGAGGGCACGUGGGUAUGGAGGGCACGUGGGUAUGGAGGGCACGUGGGUAUGGAGGGCACGUGGGUACGGAGGGCACGUGGGUACGGAGGGCACGUGGGUACGGAGGGCACGUGGGUAUGGAGGGCACGUGGGUACGGAGGGCACGUGGGUACGGAGGGCACGUGGGUAUGGAGGGCACGUGGGUAUGGAGGGCACGUGGGUACGGAGGGCACGUGGGUAUGGAGGGCACGUGGGUAUGGAGGGCACGUGGGUAUGGAGGGCACGUGGGUAUGGAGGGCACGUGGGUAUGGAGGGCACGUGGGUAUGGAGGGCACGUGGGUACGGAGGGCACGUGGGUACGGAGGGCACGUGGGUAUGGAGGGCACGUGGGUAUGGAGGGCACGUGGGUAUGGAGGGCACGUGGGUACGGAGGGCACGUGGGUACGGAGGGCACGUGGGUACGGAGGGCACGUGGGUACGGAGGGCACGUGGGUAUGGAGGGCACGUGGGUACGGAGGGCACGUGGGUACGGAGGGCACGUGGGUACGGAGGGCACGUGGGUAUGGAGGGCACGUGGGUAUGGAGGGCACGUGGGUAUGGAGGGCACGUGGGUAUGGAGGGCACGUGGGUAUGGAGGGCACGUGGGUAUGGAGGGCACGUGGGUAUGGAGGGCACGUGGGUAUGGAGGGCACGUGGGUAUGGAGGGCACGUGGGUAUGGAGGGCACGUGGGUACGGAGGGCACGUGUGUACGGAGGGAGCGUGGGUAUGGAGGGCACGUGGGUAUGGAGGGCACGUGGGUAUGGAGGGCACGUGGGUAUGGAGGGCACGUGGGUACGGAGGGCACGUGGGUAUGGAGGGCACGUGGGUAUGGAGGGCACGUGGGUAUGGAGGGCACGUGGGUAUGGAGGGCACGUGGGUAUGGAGGGCACGUGGGUAUGGAGGGCACGUGGGUAUGGAGGGCACGUGGGUAUGGAGGGCACGUGGGUACGGAGGGCACGUGUGUACGGAGGGAGCGUGGGUAUGGAGGGCACGUGGGUAUGGAGGGCACGUGGGUAUGGAGGGCACGUGGGUAUGGAGGGCACGUGGGUACGGAGGGCACGUGGGUACGGAGGGCACGUGGGUAUGGAGGGCACGUGGGUAUGGAGGGCACGUGGGUAUGGAGGGCACGUGGGUACGGAGGGCACGUGGGUACGGAGGGCACGUGGGUACGGAGGGCACGUGGGUAUGGAGGGCACGUGGGUAUGGAGGGCACGUGGGUAUGGAGGGCACGUGGGUACGGAGGGCACGUGGGUACGGAGGGCACGUGGGUAUGGAGGGCACGUGGGUAUGGAGGGCACGUGGGUAUGGAGGGCACGUGGGUAUGGAGGGCACGUGGGUAUGGAGGGCACGUGGGUAUGGAGGGCACGUGGGUACGGAGGGCACGUGGGUAUGGAGGGCACGUGGGUAUGGAGGGCACGUGGGUACGGAGGGCACGUGGGUACGGAGGGCACGUGGGUAUGGAGGGCACGUGGGUAUGGAGGGCACGUGGGUAUGGAGGGCACGUGGGUAUGGAGGGCACGUGGGUAUGGAGGGCACGUGGGUACGGAGGGCACGUGGGUACGGAGGGCACGUGGGUACGGAGGGCACGUGGGUAUGGAGGGCACGUGGGUACGGAGGGCACGUGGGUACGGAGGGCACGUGGGUAUGGAGGGCACGUGGGUAUGGAGGGCACGUGGGUAUGGAGGGCACGUGGGUAUGGAGGGCACGUGGGUAUGGAGGGCACGUGGGUACGGAGGGCACGUGGGUAUGGAGGGCACGUGGGUAUGGAGGGCACGUGGGUACGGAGGGCACGUGGGUACGGAGGGCACGUGGGUACGGAGGGCACGUGGGUACGGAGGGCACGUGGGUACGGAGGGCACGUGGGUACGGAGGGCACGUGGGUAUGGAGGGCACGUGGGUACGGAGGGCACGUGGGUACGGAGGGCACGUGGGUAUGGAGGGCACGUGGGUAUGGAGGGCACGUGGGUAUGGAGGGCACGUGGGUAUGGAGGGCACGUGGGUAUGGAGGGCACGUGGGUAUGGAGGGCACGUGGGUAUGGAGGGCACGUGGGUAUGGAGGGCACGUGGGUAUGGAGGGCACGUGGGUAUGGAGGGCACGUGGGUACGGAGGGCACGUGUGUACGGAGGGAGCGUGGGUAUGGAGGGCACGUGGGUAUGGAGGGCACGUGGGUAUGGAGGGCACGUGGGUAUGGAGGGCACGUGGGUACGGAGGGCACGUGGGUAUGGAGGGCACGUGGGUAUGGAGGGCACGUGGGUAUGGAGGGCACGUGGGUAUGGAGGGCACGUGGGUAUGGAGGGCACGUGGGUAUGGAGGGCACGUGGGUAUGGAGGGCACGUGGGUAUGGAGGGCACGUGGGUACGGAGGGCACGUGUGUACGGAGGGAGCGUGGGUAUGGAGGGCACGUGGGUAUGGAGGGCACGUGGGUAUGGAGGGCACGUGGGUAUGGAGGGCACGUGGGUACGGAGGGCACGUGGGUACGGAGGGCACGUGGGUAUGGAGGGCACGUGGGUAUGGAGGGCACGUGGGUAUGGAGGGCACGUGGGUACGGAGGGCACGUGGGUACGGAGGGCACGUGGGUACGGAGGGCACGUGGGUAUGGAGGGCACGUGGGUAUGGAGGGCACGUGGGUACGGAGGGCACGUGGGUACGGAGGGCACGUGGGUACGGAGGGCACGUGGGUACGGAGGGCACGUGGGUACGGAGGGCACGUGGGUACGGAGGGCACGUGGGUACGGAGGGCACGUGGGUAUGGAGGGCACGUGGGUAUGGAGGGCAUGUGGGUAUGGAGGGCACGUGGGUAUGGAGGGCACGUGGGUAUGGAGGGCACGUGGGUAUGGAGGGCACGUGGGUACGGAGGGCACGUGGGUAUGGAGGGCACGUGGGUAUGGAGGGCACGUGGGUAUGGAGGGCACGUGGGUAUGGAGGGCACGUGGGUAUGGAGGGCACGUGGGUAUGGAGGGCACGUGGGUACGGAGGGCACGUGGGUACGGAGGGCACGUGGGUAUGGAGGGCACGUGGGUAUGGAGGGCACGUGGGUAUGGAGGGCACGUGGGUACGGAGGGCACGUGGGUACGGAGGGCACGUGGGUACGGAGGGCACGUGGGUACGGAGGGCACGUGGGUAUGGAGGGCACGUGGGUACGGAGGGCACGUGGGUACGGAGGGCACGUGGGUACGGAGGGCACGUGGGUAUGGAGGGCACGUGGGUAUGGAGGGCACGUGGGUAUGGAGGGCACGUGGGUAUGGAGGGCACGUGGGUAUGGAGGGCACGUGGGUAUGGAGGGCACGUGGGUAUGGAGGGCACGUGGGUAUGGAGGGCACGUGGGUAUGGAGGGCACGUGGGUAUGGAGGGCACGUGGGUACGGAGGGCACGUGUGUACGGAGGGAGCGUGGGUAUGGAGGGCACGUGGGUAUGGAGGGCACGUGGGUAUGGAGGGCACGUGGGUAUGGAGGGCACGUGGGUACGGAGGGCACGUGGGUAUGGAGGGCACGUGGGUAUGGAGGGCACGUGGGUAUGGAGGGCACGUGGGUAUGGAGGGCACGUGGGUAUGGAGGGCACGUGGGUAUGGAGGGCACGUGGGUAUGGAGGGCACGUGGGUAUGGAGGGCACGUGGGUACGGAGGGCACGUGUGUACGGAGGGAGCGUGGGUAUGGAGGGCACGUGGGUAUGGAGGGCACGUGGGUAUGGAGGGCACGUGGGUAUGGAGGGCACGUGGGUACGGAGGGCACGUGGGUACGGAGGGCACGUGGGUAUGGAGGGCACGUGGGUAUGGAGGGCACGUGGGUAUGGAGGGCACGUGGGUACGGAGGGCACGUGGGUACGGAGGGCACGUGGGUACGGAGGGCACGUGGGUAUGGAGGGCACGUGGGUAUGGAGGGCACGUGGGUACGGAGGGCACGUGGGUACGGAGGGCACGUGGGUACGGAGGGCACGUGGGUACGGAGGGCACGUGGGUACGGAGGGCACGUGGGUACGGAGGGCACGUGGGUACGGAGGGCACGUGGGUAUGGAGGGCACGUGGGUAUGGAGGGCAUGUGGGUAUGGAGGGCACGUGGGUAUGGAGGGCACGUGGGUAUGGAGGGCACGUGGGUAUGGAGGGCACGUGGGUACGGAGGGCACGUGGGUAUGGAGGGCACGUGGGUAUGGAGGGCACGUGGGUAUGGAGGGCACGUGGGUAUGGAGGGCACGUGGGUAUGGAGGGCACGUGGGUAUGGAGGGCACGUGGGUACGGAGGGCACGUGGGUACGGAGGGCACGUGGGUAUGGAGGGCACGUGGGUAUGGAGGGCACGUGGGUAUGGAGGGCACGUGGGUACGGAGGGCACGUGGGUACGGAGGGCACGUGGGUACGGAGGGCACGUGGGUACGGAGGGCACGUGGGUAUGGAGGGCACGUGGGUACGGAGGGCACGUGGGUACGGAGGGCACGUGGGUACGGAGGGCACGUGGGUAUGGAGGGCACGUGGGUAUGGAGGGCACGUGGGUAUGGAGGGCACGUGGGUAUGGAGGGCACGUGGGUAUGGAGGGCACGUGGGUAUGGAGGGCACGUGGGUAUGGAGGGCACGUGGGUAUGGAGGGCACGUGGGUAUGGAGGGCACGUGGGUAUGGAGGGCACGUGGGUACGGAGGGCACGUGUGUACGGAGGGAGCGUGGGUAUGGAGGGCACGUGGGUAUGGAGGGCACGUGGGUAUGGAGGGCACGUGGGUAUGGAGGGCACGUGGGUACGGAGGGCACGUGGGUAUGGAGGGCACGUGGGUAUGGAGGGCACGUGGGUAUGGAGGGCACGUGGGUAUGGAGGGCACGUGGGUAUGGAGGGCACGUGGGUAUGGAGGGCACGUGGGUAUGGAGGGCACGUGGGUAUGGAGGGCACGUGGGUACGGAGGGCACGUGUGUACGGAGGGAGCGUGGGUAUGGAGGGCACGUGGGUAUGGAGGGCACGUGGGUAUGGAGGGCACGUGGGUAUGGAGGGCACGUGGGUACGGAGGGCACGUGGGUACGGAGGGCACGUGGGUAUGGAGGGCACGUGGGUAUGGAGGGCACGUGGGUAUGGAGGGCACGUGGGUACGGAGGGCACGUGGGUACGGAGGGCACGUGGGUACGGAGGGCACGUGGGUAUGGAGGGCACGUGGGUAUGGAGGGCACGUGGGUAUGGAGGGCACGUGGGUACGGAGGGCACGUGGGUACGGAGGGCACGUGGGUAUGGAGGGCACGUGGGUAUGGAGGGCACGUGGGUAUGGAGGGCACGUGGGUAUGGAGGGCACGUGGGUAUGGAGGGCACGUGGGUAUGGAGGGCACGUGGGUACGGAGGGCACGUGGGUAUGGAGGGCACGUGGGUAUGGAGGGCACGUGGGUACGGAGGGCACGUGGGUACGGAGGGCACGUGGGUAUGGAGGGCACGUGGGUAUGGAGGGCACGUGGGUAUGGAGGGCACGUGGGUAUGGAGGGCACGUGGGUAUGGAGGGCACGUGGGUACGGAGGGCACGUGGGUACGGAGGGCACGUGGGUACGGAGGGCACGUGGGUAUGGAGGGCACGUGGGUACGGAGGGCACGUGGGUACAGAGGGCACGUGGGUAUGGAGGGCACGUGGGUAUGGAGGGCACGUGGAUAUGGAGGGCACGUGGGUAUGGAGGGCACGUGGGUAUGGAGGGCACGUGGGUACGGAGGGCACGUGGGUAUGGAGGGCACGUGGGUAUGGAGGGCACGUGGGUACGGAGGGCACGUGGGUAUGGAGGGCACGUGGGUACGGAGGGCACGUGGGUACGGAGGGCACGUGGGUAUGGAGGGCACGUGGGUAUGGAGGGCACGUGGGUACGGAGGGCACGUGGGUAUGGAGGGCACGUGGGUAUGGAGGGCACGUGGGUAUGGAGGGCACGUGGGUAUGGAGGGCACGUGGGUAUGGAGGGCACGUGGGUAUGGAGGGCACGUGGGUACGGAGGGCACGUGGGUACGGAGGGCACGUGGGUAUGGAGGGCACGUGGGUAUGGAGGGCACGUGGGUAUGGAGGGCACGUGGGUACGGAGGGCACGUGGGUACGGAGGGCACGUGGGUACGGAGGGCACGUGGGUACGGAGGGCACGUGGGUAUGGAGGGCACGUGGGUACGGAGGGCACGUGGGUACGGAGGGCACGUGGGUAUGGAGGGCACGUGGGUAUGGAGGGCACGUGGGUAUGGAGGGCACGUGGGUAUGGAGGGCACGUGGGUAUGGAGGGCACGUGGGUAUGGAGGGCACGUGGGUAUGGAGGGCACGUGGGUAUGGAGGGCACGUGGGUAUGGAGGGCACGUGGGUAUGGAGGGCACGUGGGUAUGGAGGGCACGUGGGUACGGAGGGCACGUGUGUACGGAGGGAGCGUGGGUAUGGAGGGCACGUGGGUAUGGAGGGCACGUGGGUAUGGAGGGCACGUGGGUAUGGAGGGCACGUGGGUACGGAGGGCACGUGGGUAUGGAGGGCACGUGGGUAUGGAGGGCACGUGGGUAUGGAGGGCACGUGGGUAUGGAGGGCACGUGGGUAUGGAGGGCACGUGGGUAUGGAGGGCACGUGGGUACGGAGGGCACGUGUGUACGGAGGGAGCGUGGGUAUGGAGGGCACGUGGGUAUGGAGGGCACGUGGGUAUGGAGGGCACGUGGGUAUGGAGGGCACAUGGGUACGGAGGGCACGUGGGUACGGAGGGCACGUGGGUAUGGAGGGCACGUGGGUAUGGAGGGCACGUGGGUAUGGAGGGCACGUGGGUACGGAGGGCACGUGGGUACGGAGGGCACGUGGGUACGGAGGGCACGUGGGUAUGGAGGGCACGUGGGUAUGGAGGGCACGUGGGUAUGGAGGGCACGUGGGUACGGAGGGCACGUGGGUACGGAGGGCACGUGGGUAUGGAGGGCACGUGGGUAUGGAGGGCACGUGGGUAUGGAGGGCACGUGGGUAUGGAGGGCACGUGGGUAUGGAGGGCACGUGGGUAUGGAGGGCACGUGGGUACGGAGGGCACGUGGGUAUGGAGGGCACGUGGGUAUGGAGGGCACGUGGGUACGGAGGGCACGUGGGUACGGAGGGCACGUGGGUAUGGAGGGCACGUGGGUAUGGAGGGCACGUGGGUAUGGAGGGCACGUGGGUAUGGAGGGCACGUGGGUAUGGAGGGCACGUGGGUACGGAGGGCACGUGGGUACGGAGGGCACGUGGGUACGGAGGGCACGUGGGUAUGGAGGGCACGUGGGUACGGAGGGCACGUGGGUACGGAGGGCACGUGGGUAUGGAGGGCACGUGGGUAUGGAGGGCACGUGGGUAUGGAGGGCACGUGGGUAUGGAGGGCACGUGGGUAUGGAGGGCACGUGGGUACGGAGGGCACGUGGGUAUGGAGGGCACGUGGGUAUGGAGGGCACGUGGGUACGGAGGGCACGUGGGUACGGAGGGCACGUGGGUACGGAGGGCACGUGGGUACGGAGGGCACGUGGGUACGGAGGGCACGUGGGUACGGAGGGCACGUGGGUAUGGAGGGCACGUGGGUACGGAGGGCACGUGGGUACGGAGGGCACGUGGGUAUGGAGGGCACGUGGGUAUGGAGGGCACGUGGGUAUGGAGGGCACGUGGGUAUGGAGGGCACGUGGGUAUGGAGGGCACGUGGGUAUGGAGGGCACGUGGGUAUGGAGGGCACGUGGGUAUGGAGGGCACGUGGGUAUGGAGGGCACGUGGGUAUGGAGGGCACGUGGGUACGGAGGGCACGUGUGUACGGAGGGAGCGUGGGUAUGGAGGGCACGUGGGUAUGGAGGGCACGUGGGUAUGGAGGGCACGUGGGUAUGGAGGGCACGUGGGUACGGAGGGCACGUGGGUAUGGAGGGCACGUGGGUAUGGAGGGCACGUGGGUAUGGAGGGCACGUGGGUAUGGAGGGCACGUGGGUAUGGAGGGCACGUGGGUAUGGAGGGCACGUGGGUAUGGAGGGCACGUGGGUAUGGAGGGCACGUGGGUAUGGAGGGCACGUGGGUACGGAGGGCACGUGUGUACGGAGGGAGCGUGGGUAUGGAGGGCACGUGGGUAUGGAGGGCACGUGGGUAUGGAGGGCACGUGGGUAUGGAGGGCACGUGGGUACGGAGGGCACGUGGGUACGGAGGGCACGUGGGUAUGGAGGGCACGUGGGUAUGGAGGGCACGUGGGUAUGGAGGGCACGUGGGUACGGAGGGCACGUGGGUACGGAGGGCACGUGGGUACGGAGGGCACGUGGGUAUGGAGGGCACGUGGGUAUGGAGGGCACGUGGGUACGGAGGGCACGUGGGUACGGAGGGCACGUGGGUACGGAGGGCACGUGGGUACGGAGGGCACGUGGGUACGGAGGGCACGUGGGUACGGAGGGCACGUGGGUACGGAGGGCACGUGGGUAUGGAGGGCACGUGGGUAUGGAGGGCACGUGGGUAUGGAGGGCACGUGGGUAUGGAGGGCACGUGGGUAUGGAGGGCACGUGGGUACGGAGGGCACGUGGGUAUGGAGGGCACGUGGGUAUGGAGGGCACGUGGGUAUGGAGGGCACGUGGGUAUGGAGGGCACGUGGGUAUGGAGGGCACGUGGGUAUGGAGGGCACGUGGGUACGGAGGGCACGUGGGUACGGAGGGCACGUGGGUAUGGAGGGCACGUGGGUAUGGAGGGCACGUGGGUAUGGAGGGCACGUGGGUACGGAGGGCACGUGGGUACGGAGGGCACGUGGGUACGGAGGGCACGUGGGUACGGAGGGCACGUGGGUAUGGAGGGCACGUGGGUACGGAGGGCACGUGGGUACGGAGGGCACGUGGGUACGGAGGGCACGUGGGUAUGGAGGGCACGUGGGUAUGGAGGGCACGUGGGUAUGGAGGGCACGUGGGUAUGGAGGGCACGUGGGUAUGGAGGGCACGUGGGUAUGGAGGGCACGUGGGUAUGGAGGGCACGUGGGUACGGAGGGCACGUGGGUAUGGAGGGCACGUGGGUAUGGAGGGCACGUGGGUACGGAGGGCACGUGGGUACGGAGGGCACGUGGGUACGGAGGGCACGUGGGUACGGAGGGCACGUGGGUACGGAGGGCACGUGGGUACGGAGGGCACGUGGGUAUGGAGGGCACGUGGGUACGGAGGGCACGUGGGUACGGAGGGCACGUGGGUAUGGAGGGCACGUGGGUAUGGAGGGCACGUGGGUAUGGAGGGCACGUGGGUAUGGAGGGCACGUGGGUACGGAGGGCACGUGGGUACGGAGGGCACGUGGGUACGGAGGGCACGUGGGUACGGAGGGCACGUGGGUAUGGAGGGCACGUGGGUACGGAGGGCACGUGGGUACGGAGGGCACGUGGGUACGGAGGGCACGUGGGUACGGAGGGCACGUGGGUAUGGAGGGCACGCUGGUAUGGAGGGCACGUGGGUACGGAGGGCACGUGGGUACGGAGGGCACGUGGGUACGGAGGGCACGUGGGUACGGAGGGCACGUGGGUAUGGAGGGCACGUGGGUACGGAGGGCACGUGGGUACGGAGGGCACGUGGGUACGGAGGGCACGUGGGUAUGGAGGGCACGUGGGUAUGGAGGGCACGUGGGUAUGGAGGGCACGUGGGUAUGGAGGGCACGUGGGUAUGGAGGGCACGUGGGUAUGGAGGGCACGUGGGUAUGGAGGGCACGUGGGUAUGGAGGGCACGUGGGUAUGGAGGGCACGUGGGUAUGGAGGGCACGUGGGUAUGGAGGGCACGUGGGUAUGGAGGGCACGUGGGUACGGAGGGCACGUGUGUACGGAGGGAGCGUGGGUAUGGAGGGCACGUGGGUAUGGAGGGCACGUGGGUACGGAGGGCACGUGGGUACGGAGGGCACGUGGGUAUGGAGGGCACGUGGGUAUGGAGGGCACGUGGGUAUGGAGGGCACGUGGGUAUGGAGGGCACGUGGGUAUGGAGGGCACGUGGGUACGGAGGGCACGUGGGUAUGGAGGGCACGUGGGUAUGGAGGGCACGUGGGUACGGAGGGCACGUGGGUACAGAGGGCACGUGGGUAUGGAGGGCACGUGGGUAUGGAGGGCACGUGGGUAUGGAGGGCACGUGGGUAUGGAGGGCACGUGGGUAUGGAGGGCACGUGGGUAUGGAGGGCACGUGGGUAUGGAGGGCACGUGGGUAUGGAGGGCACGUGGGUAUGGAGGGCACGUGGGUAUGGAGGGCACGUGGGUAUGGAGGGCACGUGGGUAUGGAGGGCACGUGGGUAUGGAGGUCACGUGGGUAUGGAGGGCACGUGGGUAUGGAGGGCACGUGGGUACGGAGGGCACGUGGGUAUGGAGGGCACGUGGGUAUGGAGGGCACGUGGGUACGGAGGGCACGUGGGUACGGAGGGCACGUGGGUAUGGAGGGCACGUGGGUAUGGAGGGCACGUGGGUAUGGAGGGCACGUGGGUACGGAGGGCACGUGGGUACGGAGGGCACGUGGGUACGGAGGGCACGUGGGUACGGAGGGCACGUGGGUAAGGAGGGCACGUGGGUACGGAGGGCACGUGGGUACGGAGGGCACGUGGGUACGGAGGGCACGUGGGUACGGAGGGCACGUGGGUACGGAGGGCACGUGGGUACGGAGGGCACGUGGGUACGGAGGGCACGUGGGUAUGGAGGGCACGUGGGUAUGGAGGGCACUUGGGUAUGGAGGGCACGUGGGUAUGGAGGGCACGUGGGUAUGGAGGGCACGUGGGUAUGGAGGGCACGUGGGUAUGGAGGGCACGUGGGUAUGGAGGGCACGUGGGUAUGGAGGGCACGUGGGUAUGGAGGGCACGUGGGUAUGGAGGGCACGUGGGUACGGAGGGCACGUGGGUACGGAGGGCACGUGGGUAUGGAGGGCACGUGGGUAUGGAGGGCACGUGGGUACGGAGGGCACGUGGGUACGGAGGGCACGUGGGUAUGGAGGGCACGUGGGUAUGGAGGGCACGUGGGUAUGGAGGGCACGUGGGUAUGGAGGGCACGUGGGUAUGGAGGGCACGUGGGUACGGAGGGCACGUGGGUAUGGAGGGCACGUGGGUAUGGAGGGCACGUGGGUACGGAGGGCACGUGGGUACGGAGGGCACGUGGGUAUGGAGGGCACGUGGGUAUGGAGGGCACGUGGGUCUGGAGGGCACGUGGGUAUGGAGGGCACGUGGGUACGGAGGGCACGUGGGUAUGGAGGGCACGUGGGUAUGGAGGGCAAGUGGGUACGGAGGGCACGUGGGUACGGAGGGCACGUGGGUAUGGAGGGCACGUGGGUAUGGAGGGCACGUGGGUAUGGAGGGCACGUGGGUAUGGAGGGCACGUGGGUAUGGAGGGCAUGUGGGUACGGAGGGCACGUGGGUACGGAGGGCACGUGGGUAUGGAGGGCACGUGGGUACGGAGGGCACGUGGGUAUGGAGGGCACGUGGGUAUGGAGGGCACGUGGGUAUGGAGGGCACGUGGGUAUGGAGGGCACGUGGGUAUGGAGGGCACGUGGGUACGGAGGGCACGUGGGUAUGGAGGGCACGUGGGUACGGAGGGCACGUGGGUAUGGAGGGCACGUGGGUAUGGAGGGCACGUGGGUACGGAGGGCACGUGGGUACGGAGGGCACGUGGGUAUGGAGGGCACGUGGGUACGGAGGGCACGUGGGUAUGGAGGGCACGUGGGUAUGGAGGGCACGUGGGUAUGGAGGGCACGUGGGUAUGGAGGGCACGUGGGUAUGGAGGGCACGUGGGUACGGAGGGCACGUGGGUACGGAGGGCACGUGGGUACGGAGGGCACGUGGGUAUGGAGGGCACGUGGGUAUGGAGGGCACGUGGGUACGGAGGGCACGUGGGUAUGGAGGGCACGUGGGUACGGAGGGCACGUGGGUACGGAGGGCACGUGGGUACGGAGGGCAUGUGGUGGGGUGAGGGCAGGCGAUGGGGAAGGCCAGAGGGGCGCUGUGCCAUGCGCCCCGUUUUGCGGUGCCCCCUUGCCCUCUACCCCGCGGCUGGUGGUGGGGGGGGAGCCCACGGACGACUGCAUUGCCAAGUGGGAGGCGCUGCAGUGUGCCACGUGUCACCCCCUCAUUGGCACCCAGCAUGGGCCGCCCGCCAUUUGCAACUCGUUCUGUGACGCCGUCUUUUCUGCGUGUGGGUCGGCAUUUUUUGCAGCAGAUGGCACCUCCCAGCACAUCUUCCCCUGCGGCCGCCGCGACACGCUCUGUGCCCGGGCCGACUCUCUUGCUUCCUCCGGCCGCCAGUUCUGCCAGCUGGCGGGCUUUGAUUGGCUGCCCGACUCGCACGGGGCGGGGGUUCAGAGGGGAGGGGGGCGAGGGGAGGAGAUGGGGGGGAGAGAGGACGAGGAGGGGCAUGAGAGGGUGUGCUUUGACGGCAUACUCCCUUCUGCCGCUGCUGUUGUGAGGGGGAGGCACAAGGGGGCCGGGAGGAAGGGGGAGAAGGGGAGUGGUGAGGAGGAGGAGGCGGAGGAGGGCAGUGGGUGGUGGGAGCAGUGGGCGGGCGGAGAGGGGGGGAGGCCGUUUGGGGGCAGCGUGGUGUGGAUGGUGUGCGGCCUCGUGCUCACUGCUGGCCUCUCCUACAUGCGGUGGGUGGCGGCACGCAGCCGGCGCAGGAGGCUGUUUAUGGGGCUCGUCAAGCGGGCAGGGGGCGGGGGGCGGCAGCAACAGCUGGAGGUGGUGAGGGCGAGGCAGCAGAAGCAACUCGACGAGGCUGCGGCUACUGCUGCGUCCCCCACCUCUACCACCACUGCCUCCGCCGCUGCUGCCACGACCACUGCCCGCAGCACCGCAAGGCAGCCUCGCUAG